AUUUUCUUUAAAACGUCUUUUCAAUUACCUUUUUUUUGAAAAAAAUGUCUGAUACUUUAAAACUUUUAGAAAGUCUUGAUAAUAAAACUCGUGAUGAACUAUCUCAAUUUAUUGAACAAGAAAAUGGAAAAGCAAAAAUACAGCAAGGUAUAUUAGAAUUUACAGAUCGUUGUUUCAAACGCUGUAUUACAAAUAAACUUGGAAACAAUUUAGAUCGUUCUGAAGAAACUUGUCUUCAGAACUGUGUUGAUAGAUGGCUUGAUGUAAAUAUUCAUCUUAUUAAAUAUCUAGAAAAUUCAAAAAAAGCAACAUAAAAAUAAUUUUUGUA